AUGCAUGACUUGAUUGAUUUAUUUUCUGAUGUAAAUAAUUUCGAGUUGUUUAAAGGCAACUACAACAACAAAGAGCAACAAAGAAUCAAGAGCUUUGUAUUUCCUAAAAAUCAGAUUCAAACAGCAUUCACCAAAGCAGACACUGUAUGGAAAAAAUAUUAUCAAGAAAAGAAUGAAGGAGAAAGGAGACUUGUAAAUUAUAUGGAUACAUUAAUUUAUGCUCUUCAAGUGAUAUGGGAAAUAAACUUUACACCUAAUAAAAUAUUAUGGCUUAGAUUAGUAUUAAAAAAAUCAGAAGCAUCAGUAGGAACAAUGGAAUUGACAUUAUUUUAUAUUAUGAGAUUUAAAAAAUUUUUUAACCACAUGAAAGAUCCAAAUACCAAACAUUUUCAUACCAAUCUACCAUCAUUAACAUCAUCAUCUAAUGAAACAACAACAUGUUACAAGAAAAAUGACUUAUCAUGGCAUGAUAAGAAUUAUUGCCCAGGUGCAUUGGUGAAAAAAAACCCUUUAUCACUUCAUCCACAUAUAGCAUUCGUGUCAGCAUUAAGAUUAGCUUGCAAAUUUUUACACGAUGUCUACUAUGGUAGCGGUAAGAGAUGGGCACAAAUUACAGGAUUUUCAGCAAAAGAAUUAAAUAUGUACGAAUGGUUUUUUUUCAAAAUGUUGGAUUAUAAUAUUACCGUUGAUAUGGAAACUUUUAUUAAUUGGUCAAAAUUCUUGCAUGAUAACAUUUGUGCAAUAUCAGAAGAAACAUAG